AUGGAAUGUGGAUUCUCCGCUGUGUUCUCCGACGCUGCUACUUCUUCACAUUGUCUUACUUUUGCCAACGGAAUGUGGGUUCAUGAAUCGCUUUCAGUUAAGCGUUCUUUCAAACAGCUUGUGGCCACUCAUACAAGGGCACUCUCAAUUCAGUUGAUUUUCAGAACAAGGGUGAUGAAGUGUGCCAUGAGGUGAAUUCAUGGGUUGAAAGAGAGACAAAGGGGCUUAUCACAGAGCUUUUGCCUUCCAAGGCAGUAGACAACUUAACCAUGCUUGUGUUUGCAAAUGCCCUCCACUUCAAGGGCGAGUGGAAAAACAAGUUUCUUGAUCCCCUUUACACAAAGAAUUCUGAUUUUCACUUGCUUAAUGGUACCACAGUCAAGGCUCCCUUCAUGACUAGCCAGAAGGAGACGCAGUACGUUAGGACUUUUGAUGGUUUCAAAGUCCUCCGUCUUUCUUAUAAGCAAGGUAGAGAUAAAGAGCGUCGAUUCUCCAUGUGCAUUUUCCUUCCGGAUGCAAUAGAUGGACUGUCGUCUUUAAUUGGAAAGUUGGCUUCACAAUCUGGUUUCUUGAAAGGCAAGCUUCCUCGGCGAAAAGUAAGAGUAGAUGAUUUCAAGAUUCCGAAAUUCAAGAUUUCGUUUGCACUUGAAGCUUCUACUGUGCUGAAGGAGCUGGGAGUGAUUUCGCCUUUCACUAAAACGGAUGCGGAUUUUACAAAUAUGGUGGACUCUCCUUCUGAUGAAUUAUAUGUUGCUAACUUGUAUCAUAAAGCUUCUAUUGAGGUAAAUGAACAAGGCACUGAAGCUGCAGCAACCUCUUCAUGGAGAGCGAUACUAGAGUGUUGUCCCUCUCCUGGUGGUAUUGAUUUUGUAGCUGAUCACCCUUUCCUCUUCUUGAUCCGAGAAGAUUUGACCGGAACUGUCCUCUUCAUUGGGCAGGUGCUCAAUCCUCUUGAUGGAGCAGCCACGUCGCUGAAGAAGGAGGAUUUGAAAGCAGAACACCUUGCCCGCAUUUUAGGCAAUGAUGGAGAGGAGGAAGAUGAAGGUGAUGGCGACGAUGAUGAUAAGCCUAAGGUUCCACCAAAGAAGAAAAAGAGGUCAAGAAAGGAUUAGUAGCUCCAUGUUGCAGCAUUAUUAGAUUUCCUAGUUUUGUCUUGUUGGUGCAUACUUACUACAUAGUCGAAUUCAAGCUCCAUGUCAUAGAAUUUCUAUGCGUUUUAUAUGAGCUGAACUACUUAAUUGGGAAGGAUUAGUAUUGCAAAUUUAGUUAACAUGCAGUAGUGUUCCUAGUGAUCGUACCCGACUCAACCAGUAUUGUCUCAGUGGAGGAUACUUGGUUUAAACAAACAAAAAAGUUUAACAUGCUUGGGGUUCUAGACCAGAACACUUGUUGAUUCAAAAGCUUAGGUCUCCUUGCAAUCAAAAGUCUCCUGUUUCUUCCAGCAGCCAAUUACUAAGGUUGUUUUGGUAAAAUAUUAGCACAAUUAUUACAACUCUGAUGCAGUAUGAAGGAGAAAUUGAAGUUCCCAGUUCCUCAGAAUAUGGUUAAUGUACUUGACUACUUGCCUAAGCACAUGUUUCUUAGAUUAUGAAAGGCCUUUCUUCCCUUUUCUGAUUAGUGAGUAGCCAUUCCUGCGUAUUUGUUGAA